AUGAGGAAUACACUACUUCGAAAUGCCCUUCGAAGCGGUAUAAAACGUAGACCUAUCCAAGCCAUACCAUCCACAUCGAGCAAACGAGGUACAUCGCAGAUACGUCCUUACUCCUUGUUCAACUCCCCUCAUCCCUCUAAACCUCCGCCCUAUGGUCAACCUCAUCCCACCUCCCAUCCACAUCUCGUCAAACCCCAUGAACUCACUCCCGGUGUCCCUCCAGAAGAAUAUGAGUCGAGACGUAGGAAGUUGAUGGAGAGCUUGGGAGAGGGAUCUAGGGUGAUAUGCAUGGGUGGGACAGUAAAGUUGAUGUCUCAGAGUAUAUUUUAUCGAUUCAGACAAUCAACCGAUUUUUACUAUUUGACAGGAUUUGAUGAACCAGAUGCUACGUUGGUACUAGAAUCUGCACCGUCGACCUCACGAGGGUACAGGUAUACGUUGUUUGUACCGCCCAAGGACGCCCAUGAUGCUUUGUGGGAAGGUGAAAGGGCAGGUGUGGAAGGUGCUAUAACUACAUUUGGAGCUGAUGAGGCUCAUCCCAAUACAUCACUGUCAACUUACCUCCCAACUUAUCUCAACAUAUCAAGUGGAGAAACCAUCUACGCCUCCUUACCACCCAAAGCUUCCUCCUCAGUAUCUUCACAACCUUUCGUCCCACCCUCACCACGACGCCGGUCAUCCCUCCUCAAACUAUUCUCAAAUUCCACCGCGUCCACAGCUUCGUCAUCAGAGCUGAAUCCAAAUGAUCCACCGCAUUUGUUACUGGCAGCAGCACUCUCAUCGGAACAUGCCAAACCCCUCGAAAGGUCAAUCCAGCAAAUUAGGAUGAUAAAAUCGCCUGUAGAGUUGAAAAUGAUGAAAAAAGCUGCAGAUAUCAGUUCAGCAGCUCAUACGAGAGUGAUGAGAUUUGCUGAACCGCACAAGAGGGAGAGGGAUCUGGAAGCGACGUUUGAGUACGAGUGCUCGAUGAGAGGGGCGGAGAGGCAGGCUUACGUACCGGUCGUUGCAAGUGGAGCAAAUGCUUUGGUCAUACAUUAUACUAGGAAUGAUUGUGUUUUAGACCCAAAUGAUCUGGUCCUCAUCGAUGCCGGUUGUGAAUACAACAUGUACUGCUCAGAUAUAACGCGUACAUUUCCAGUAUCUGGACGAUUCUCAGAACCCCAACGAGAUUUAUAUACUGCGGUGCUGAACGCACAGAAAGAAUGCAUAAGAAGAUGUACAGUGGAAGGAGGAGUGACACUGAGCGAACUGCAUAGAGCGAGUUGCGGUCUACUAUUGCAGGAAUUGAGGCAGAUAGGGUUCAAGUUGACAGUAGGCGAUGUAGAGAGGACUUUGUACCCUCACUUCUUAUCCCAUCAUUUAGGAUCGGAUCUACAUGAUUGCCCAACGAGAGAUCGGAGUGCAACUCUCGUCGAAGGGAAUGUGAUAUCGAUAGAACCCGGGGUAUAUGUCCCAUACGAUUACAAAUUUCCAAAAGCUUUCCACGGUCUAGGUAUCCGUAUAGAAGACGAGGUGGCAUUCACGAAAGAUGGACCGAUGGUUGUUUCCGCGAAUGCACCGAAAGAAAUAGUAGAUGUAGAAGCGGCAUGUCAGGGAUUACUAGGUUAG